UUCAACGCUGCUGGGACCGUCGCGAAUAUGAUGUUCACCUGGAACUGGACAGCACUUUUGUGCGCCCUACUCUCUAUCCUUUCAGUCUGUGUAGCAGAUAUACCUCAGACAAACUACGAUGUGAUCAUUAUUGGUGGUGGUCCUUCUGGCCUUAGCGCAGCGAGUGCCUUGUCUCGUGUCCUGCGGAAAUCGGUCCUCUUCGACUCUGGCGAGUACCGCAACAACCCUACUAGACACAUGCACGAUGUGAUUGGAAACGACCACGUCGUGCCCGCUGAGUUUCGGCAGACUGCCCGCGAGCAAAUCUCCUUUUACAACGCGACAACAUUCAUAGAUCAAAAGGUGACCAAGCUCGAAAAGGUCGGUGAUAACGUCUUCCGAGCAACCGUCGGAGAACAGCAAUAUACAGCUCGCAAGGUCAUCCUAGGCAGUGGGGUGAAAGACAAUUUGCCCAAUGUACCAGGUCUCCAGGAAGGCUUCGGGAAAGGUAUCUUCUGGUGUCCGUGGUGCGACGGGUUCGAGCAUCGCAACCAGUCUAUGGGAGUUCUUGGGAGUUUCUCCGAAGCAUACGGUGCUGUUAGAGAACUGCACCCGACCUUGAACAAGGAUGUCAGAAUCUACGCGAACGGAACCAACACCACAGAGCAGAUCGCAAUCCUGGAUAAGAACCACCCCAACUGGAGAAAGGUGUUCCAGGCAUAUAACGUGACGGCCAAUAACAAGCCCAUUCUUAACAUCACCCGUAUUCAGGACGGAGGGGUUGUGUAUGAUCCCGCGAUUCGGCGGGAGUUCGACAAAUUCCAAAUUUACUUCGCCGAUAACACCUCUGAGGUGCGCGGCGCGUUCAUCACUAACUAUGAUACGUCGCAGAGGUCAGAUCUUCCCGCUCAGCUCGGUGUGGAAAUGCUGGGGUCCAAAAUGAAUACGUUGCGUAAGGGCCUGCGAACUAGCGUUCCGGGCGUUUGGGGUAUUGGCGACGCCAACAGCGAUAACAGCACUAAUGUUCCCCAUGCCAUGUCUAGUGGAAAGUCGGCGGCUGUCUACUGUCAUGUUGAAUUGGCUCAAGAGGAGCUCGACCGCGACGUCGCGCUGGAGAAGAGAGAAACCGAGUUUGACGAGGACUCCUUCCACGAGACCACUGAAAAACAGAUGGGUAGCGAAAUCCAAGACCUGUACAAGAGACUCAGCCGACGUUAA